AACACAACCAAGUGGGAGACUGAGAUAGGAAAAAAGAGAGCGCUUGAAAAAGGAGUGUAAAAAGAGCGAGAAGAGAGCAGAAGGGGGGAGAAGAAGUCCUGCGUCGUCCAGAGCCGAUGAUGGAGCUGAAGGACUUGUUUGUCCUCCACAAAGCCUCUCCGGUGAAACUGAAACCCAGGAGUGUCGAGGAGCUCCGUGUGGAGACUGCACAGCUGCAGCAGGAGCACCAGGACAUGGAGCAGCGGCUGCAGGAGCUUCGUGCGGCCAUGAGUAGAGAGAAGGAGGAGAGGAAGAAGUUGGGAGCAUUCCGCUGGAAGUCGGCUCAUGCCGGGUCGGUGACGGGCGCAUCCCGCAGACACGCUGACAGCAAGGAGAACAACUCCCACAAGCUCCCUUCAGGAAGGGUGAGGGUUCGACUCCUCAAACAGGAGCCUCCAGAGGAGUUGAGGAGAGCAGUGACGAAGCCCCCGCGGCCUCCUUUGGUGCCGGGGAACGUGGCGUCCGACAGGAAAUCCCGGCUGAGGGGGAAGCCUUGUGGACAGUGUGAGACUCGGGCUGCUGGCCUGAUGUGUGCGGAAUGCGGAGAGGACUACUGCGUCGGCUGCUUUGCCCGCUUCCACCAGAAGGGGGCACUGAAGCAUCACCGAAUGAUCCCCAUGAAGAUGGAGAUCCACACCUCCAUCAGCACGCUGGAUGUCCUCGGUCGCUUUAGGAGACAAAUCGAUGCUGAUGAGACGUCUGCGCCUCUUUGGGAAGGGGGGAUGGCGAGGAGUGCAGCCCCAAGUGAGGCUCCAGUGCGCAUACAGAGUGCAGAGGUGAGCACUCAGGAGGGUGAGGAGGAUGUGCAGCAAGAGGAACGCGGUCACCUGGGAGGCCAGAGGGCGACUCUCCUCUCCGGGGACUUCGAUGAAGAGGAGUCAGCCCGAACCUUCCAGGAGGCGCUCGAGAGGUGGAGGCAAGGGGGGAAGUGGCCCCACGGCCCAGAGGAAGUCCUGCCAGCGAGCAGGGAGUGUGUCGCGACUCAGGCCGACCUGACCCUGCGCAGACUCGUGGUCCAGGUGGAGUUCCAGGAGCAUGGUCUGAGCUACAUGGAGAGGCUCCUGAUAAAGAAGCACAGGAGAACUCCAGUUGAGCAGCACAGACCCUCUUUGCACAGCAGCUGGCUCACAGAUGACGAGUGUCCUGCUCUCUCAGCUGAGGAGAUGGAGAUGAAGCGCUACUGCACCUCCCUUUUCUUUGCUCCUGCUGCUGGGGGCCACAGGCAGUGCAAGGGUCCCACUCAGCGGAGCCCAAACUCUGAGGAGACAGUUGACGGAGACAUGGCUGGGGGUCCCAAACCAACCACUUCCUCUGCAGUUGAGUGGGGAGCUCAAAGCAAAGAUGCACAUGAAGCUCAGGAGCUGGAUGCUGCUGCUCCGAUCACUGUGGACUCCAGAGAUCCUCCAGAUCCAAGUCAGACCCGAAUGACCGACUCCCCAGAACUUGACCUCUCCUUUAGGGUCCGGUCACCAGAAACAUGCCUCAUCUCCAAGAUCUCAGUGACACAAUCAACAGAACCUGACCUGUCCAUCAGGACCCAAAUGGUCCAUUCACCAGAACCUGUCAUGUUCUCCAAGACCUCAGUGACCCAAUCAGCAGAACCUGUCAGGUCCUCCAGGAGUGUAGUGAGCCAGUCCUCAGAAGCUGCCCUGUCCUUCAGAUCUCCACUGACCCAAUUGCCAGAGCCUGACCUGUCCUUUAGGAUCCAAAUGGCCCGGACUGCAGAAGUUUCCCGUUUCUCCAUGACCCGUAUGAACCAUUCACCACAACCUGAUCUCUCCUUUAAGACUGGAAUGACCCAGUCAGCAGAACCCAGCCUAUCGCCCUGGAUCCAAAUGGCCCGAUCACCAGAACCAGAUUUGCCAUCUGACUGCACGAUGCUGCGAUCACCACGACUUGGUCUGAUAUCAGCUAAGUUUCCGCGCCCUCAGCCCCCCGUCACUGCACCGUGUGGCCCCUCCCGGUCGCCACGCCUGCCCCUCUGGCUUCGGUCUGCGCCAGCGCUUAGGAGCAGCUUCUCAGCUAGGGAGUCCUCUUUUGGGCUGGGGGCUUCGCUCUCGGGGAGCCUGUACCCUAGAGGAGCAGAAGAGCACAGUCCUGACCCGGUUGACCCCACGCCCAACCCCGCCUCUUCGCCUGGACUAGGACAUCGCUCGGACUUGGCCUGUGGGUCCGACUCAGACACAGGUGCCGGAAUAUGCGGAGAGCCGUCUGAGGAGCUGCCAAACUCCCCCGAGGCCCUGUGCAGCCUGAGCCACGGAGAACUGACCCGGCCGCAUUGGACCCUGGGCCUUGUCCCCAUUCCAGGGCCUGGAGCCAUCGCCGAGGCUCCCUGCAGCCCCGUGGAGCCUGCUGCAGGGUCAGGAUCUGGGUGGCAGCUCAUGGAUAGAGAUGGUCUGCACACCUCCCAGCCCCUACCUACGUCCUUCUCUCCACCCGUCUCUCUGCCUCUUUACCCUGGUCUACCCUCUCAGUCCUUGUCUCUGUCCCUGUCGCCAUCUCCCCCCGACUCUCCAUCUGUGUCCAGCUCUCUUUCCCCACCUCCAUCCCGGGCCUUUGUUUCGCUCCGCUCUCUGCCCACCUCCCCACCCAUCACUCCGCCCCUCUCCCUGUCCGUCUUGCGGCCCUACUCCCCGCCCCUGAGCCCACCCCUUUCCCAGGACUUCCGGGGCGUGGACCAGUCUCUGAGCGAGGAGCCCUUCCUGAAGGAGGAUGCCGAGCGCUUCACCUUGGCCCGCCUAGAGGAGGAGCUGAGGCGCAUGAGUACAGAGCCACCGUCUCCUUCUUUGGGGCCUGCGACCCCGCAUGACCCCGGCACCCCGCCACCAUCGCAGAGAACACCGUGCAUGAGGAGGUGCUCCGCUCGAGUGGAAGAAAGCGAGGAGGAGGAGGGCGGGGUGUGAGCGGCACCACGACGCACUGGUGUUCUCUCGCCACAGCAGUGCCUUGAACUCUCCCGCCUUAGUCACCUGAUUGGUGACCGAUGUGUAUGUGUGCUCGAGUCGAAGCUCAUUUUUAGGUACUUUUUUUGGAUGCCAGAGAGAGCGGCACUUCGGUGCUGGAUGGAGAGCAGAGCAGGGGGAGCCAGGAGAAGGGCAAAUUGCCUGCUGCAGUAAAAAAUAUUAAAAUACAGUAGAAAACUGCAAGGAUGUAAAACUGUAAUUAAGAUUUAUAUUGACCUUUAAAUGUCUUUUGCUUUUAAUGGUGCAAGUGGGGAUUUAAAGUGUAAACAAACCCUAAAAAUGAAUGGCAAAUUAUAAGUAAUGGUCUUGCAUUUUGUAAAUAGUUGUUUAGUGUUAUAAAAAUGCUGAUUUGUGAUUUUGUUACGUUGAAGUGGCAUCAUCACGGUUUUUUUGGCACUGCACAUCUGCUGGGACAGUUAGAUGAGGACUUUGGGGAGGCGCUAAUAUAAAGUUGUCAUUCACUGCUUCCCAUACAUACGUGUUACAGCUGUAAUCCUUUGCCACAAUAUUUGUUUAAAGCUUUGUUUUCAUUUGCUAUCCUCAUAACUCCUGAAGUUGUGAUGAAACGGUCCCCUUCACUUUUGUCUCACCCUCUGACCGUACUCGACCACAGUCCACCAUCUGUUUCCCACACCGUUUCAACGUGUUCAGCAUGCUUGUAUUGUGAUGAGACCUUUUGUUUUGCCAUUCAAAGGUCCCAGGUUCUAAUCCCCCCUGCUUGAUUAAGAUGAUUACCCUGCAUUAAUACAGUAAGAAUUACCUUGCUGUAUCAAAGAAUUCAUAGCCAUAGUGAUAUACAGUAGUUGGUGUGGCGAGUGUGUUUCACCUCCCCAAGUUCUCCCCGAAUCAAAGACCAUUAGUUGAUUUCUAAUAAUAAACACUGAGAGAACUGCCCAAAAGCAUACAUCGCGGUAAAAGAGAAGCAGGGUGUGUCCGCUAUGCCCCCACCCACUGCCGUAACUCUUCUUUCUGCACAAGUCCUGCUGCUUUCCUGCAGCUCGACCCUGAGAGAGAAACCGGAGUUUGUUGUCAGUGGUGUGUGAGCUGCUCACGGCCAGCGAGGCCAAACAGGUCGCUGUCCUGCGUCCCUUUGGGGGGAAAACCGAGGACGGAGGUUUCCUGAGCGGCCUGUGCCGGGAGAGGUGCCUUCUGCACCUCACUUAAGGAUAAUUGCGCUUGCAGUGCAAUUAAGUGUAAAUGUGUUUCUCAGCUGUUUUCAUUCUCAACUCAAUAUAUAGAGCACUGCUCUGAAUGGAAAAGUGCUCAUUUAUUCUUACUGUCACACCGGUGAGUACUGAAGGAUUGAUGAAGCCAAACUACAUGAAAUACAUAUUUUGCUUAGUCUGUUUUACGAAUGAUCAAAUAAAGGGAACGUAUUUCACGAGCGCCGAGGCAGGUUUGAUCCCCACCUCCAGGUGUAGCU